GGGAAUUUUCUUGAACUCCUCCUACACACAAGGAGGCCUUAUUUAUAACAAACUUUCAUCCCUGCUUCAGCAUAACUCAACAGUCCACCUGUCUGAGCAUCUUUACCAGUGAAACUGCAGCUCAGUAACAAAGACAAUAUGGCAUCAUCAGAUGGGUUUCCAGCCAGUUUCUAUGGUGAACCAGGAGUGUUAGGCAUGUUGUCCAAUGGGAUCAGUGCAUUCCUUGUACUUCUACAAAACUUCAACACUGCACACACAGGCAAUGCACCAGCUGGAGUGGAGAAUAUACUUGCAGGUGUCCAUCUCAUCCUGAUUGGUGGUAUUUGCCAACUGGUGGCCGGACUGCUUUCCUUCAGAAAAUAUGAUCAUUUGAGCGGCACUGCUUUCAUUGGCUAUGCUGCUCUUUGGGGCAGUUAUGGUGCCACCAGAAUCUACUUUGGUGCCUUAGCUGAAAAUACUACAACAGCAUCCAUGCCAUAUGAGAUGAUGGACAAUAUGUCCCUGUCCACCACCAUGAUGACCAACAUGUCUCUGAACGGCAACACAGAGUUCCCAGGUUGCUAUUUCUGCCUGUCCAUAAAAGAGUCUGCGAUCGCUGGUCUGGUCCCUUACAUCCUUCUGUCCUUCCUCCUCGCCUUCUGCUCUGCAACCGUCAACUACAUCAUGCCGUUUGUUUUUGGGGCCAUCACAGCCACCUUAGUAUUUGAAGCAGUGGGUCUCGUAGCGAGCUCCUGGGCUCUUGUGAUCUCUGGGGUCCUGGAGAUGCUCAUUCUGAUUUUUGCCAUCUACGGUUCAGCUGCCCUGCUUGUCAAAGGUCUGACUCAGCGUCUAGUCCUCAAAGGCUUUGGCACCCCCCUCUUUAAUGUUCUCCUGCUGGGGACCACCAACUCAGCAAGUGCUCAGAGCAUUGGCCAAGAGAAGAAGAAAAACACAAAAUACGCAGAGCCAAUGGCCCUGGGCUUCUUCUGUGACACUGUUGCCCCCUUCAUCUUUGCUUUCUACAGCUUUGGGUACAUGAAGUCCUUCGGUGUUGGAGUUGCAUGGGUCUCAAUCAUCGCAGCUGCCCAGCUGUUCUCAAGCUACUACGCCCAUCUGCGCCAAGACUGCUACCACACCACUAAGUUUGGUCUUCAUGCGACAUAUUGGCUGAUCAAGGCUUGGGAUGAGUUUGUGGUUUCUGCUCUGGUUGUGGUUGACAGUAAAGUGGUCUCAGGGAGGGAACCAAUGGUGGGGAAUUGGUUCUUUGUGAUGGCAGGCCUGGUGCUUUGCGUAGGAAGCCUGAACACAGAUGUCCUGGAGCUGAUCCACAACAUGCUGUUUGUCCUGCUCACACUCUCAACAAUCCCCCAGAUUCCUCUCCAGGGAUACUACAUCUUUUUUGGUGUAGCUUGCUCCCUGUUCACCGCAGCCUCCCUGUACGGUACCUUCUCACGUCUUAUCAACACCAUCGCAGAGAAGUCUCUGAUCCCUGUGGGACCACAACCCAUAUCCUCUGACAAAAUGAAGAAGGCUUUAAAAUGCUGCAGGGCUGGGCAGGAAGACCAGGAGUCGCUGCCCCAAACUGACCAGGCUUCAGACGCCCUGUUCUACCUUUCUAAUGGGGUCGCAGCUCUCUCAGCUCUUCAUGCAAGUUCAUCCAGAUCAAAUCCUGCCUUUCUUCAUCUGACUGUCCCCUGGGUCCUCAUCUCUGGAGCCGUCAUCCAGGCCUAUGUCAGCCGGCUGCAAGUCACAGGAAGUGGCCGUUUUGGGUCAGUCAUUCCAUCCAUCUAUGUGGCAGUAUGGGCAACUUGGACCUGGUUUAGGUUUGCAGAUAACCUGCUUCAGUUUUCCACAGAGGCGGCUUACGGUUUUACAGCAGGAGCCAUUGCUCUCCUGGUCAUCAAUGCUUUCCUUAUGCUGAUUGCUGCCUACAGGAACCUGGUUCUGCUGUUUCUAACAGCGGUCAUGGAGGUUAUUCUGGUCUGUUUCCUGUUGUCCACUCUCCAGCGACUGCCAUAUGAACUAGAAAUGGCCAUGCUUGCACUACUUUCAACAAUUUGUAUAUAUGGAGCUCUGGCGUCAUUAGUGAACUGCAUCUUUUCACAAAGACUGCUCCCGAUGGGCCCUCCCUUAAUUAAGGAGGAAGUGAAGCAGGAGUCUGCUCCAGAGGUACCCUGCCCUGUGACUUCUUCUCGACUCACUAGUGGUCUCCUGAGGAUCGCAGGACUUCUAGAAGAAGGAGGUGUGUGUGGUAUUCCCACAGACACUGUGUACGCUCUGGCCGCCUCCUGCAAGAAUCCCCAAGCUAUAGAGAAAAUAUACAAUAUUAAAGACAGACCAGCAGAGAAGCCCAUCUGCAUUUGCAUCUCUAAUGUGGAGCAGCUGGUGGCAGCCAAGCCUCCCUUCAGCCCGCUGCUCUGGGAGUUCAUGAGGAAUGUGUAUCCAGGAGGGAUCAGCUGCAUCGUCAGCAAAGGAGACUGGCUGUUCAAACUCGGAGUAGGAGCAGCUUACGACCGUGUUGGCACCAAGGACAGCAUCAUGAUCCGCGUCCCUGACCACACGGUGACCUGUCACCUUUGUGACAUCACUGGACCCCUUGCUAUAACGUCAGCCAAUCCCAGCGGAGAGCCAGACAGCACCCACCACAGCAUGGUCAUCAAUCGGCUGGGACAUAAGAUCCAAGGGGUUCUGUGUGACGGGGACUCAAAUGAAGUUGUUGCUUCUACUGUAGUCAACUGCCUCAAGAUUGAUGAAGGUAUCAUCAACAUUGUGAGGGAAGGCUGUGUCCCUGCAGUAAAGGUCCGACAGAUCUUCGAAAGAGUGAAAAGCACUAUGGUUUAAAUGCAAUGGUGGAAUGCAACUAAUUACAAGUACUGUACUUAAGUUCAAUUCGGAGGUACUUGUACUUUACUUGAGUAUUUCCAUUUUAUGUAACUUUACACUUCUACUCCACUACAUUUUGAGGCAAAUAUUGUAGGUUUUACUCCACUACAUUUAGCUGACAGCUUUAGUUACUUUUCAGGUCAAGAUUUAACAUAAAGAAAUAUAUCAAUUUAAGAUUAUUACACAGGUUUAUAAAUUAAACCACAUAAUAGUGUAUUAAGUAGUUAAAUGAGCUUGACCUUGACGUCAUUAGUAAAUGUAUCAAUAUUGAUAAUCUAAUAAUAUAUUUGGAAUAUAUAAAACAAUCUGAGAGGGGUCAUUCUGCAUAGGGAAUACUUUUACCUUUGAUGCUUUAAGUACAUUUUGAUGUUGAUACUUUUGUGGUUUUACUUAAGUAAAAUAUGAAUGCAAGACUUUUACUCGAAGUGGAGUGUUUUCAUAGUGUGGUAUUAGUACUUUUACUUAAGUAAGGCAUCUGAAUACUUUUCCACCACUGUUUAAAUGCCUCGUACCUAAUUUCUCUCAGAGAGCCUCUUCAUGACUGGUUCCCUACAAAAACGGCUCCCUCAGCUUCCCCAUUCAACUGAACACUCUCAAGGCCACGUUAUGAACAACAUGUGGUAAUUAUUGUUGUGACCCUCAAACUGUCAGGGUAUAUCUUUGGAUCAUUCUUUGAUGUUUUUUCCCGCAUACGUUGCCAGGAAAGUAUCUGAAAUACUGACAACAUGUCCUUGGGAUCGUCCCUGUUUAAAUGCUCAUGAUAAAACAGAAACUGGGGCUUUGCCUAUGUGACAUAAAUCAGGACACACUUUUAAGAUGAAAGUGAUUUAUUAAGCCUUUCCACAGACUCAUUAGGCUUUGAAUGAACAACAUUAUAAACAGUCAUCAUGAAACCCUGUCGGACUGAAUCACUGUUGUAAGAGGUUUCAUUCUGAGGAACCGUGGGUGUGGAAGUCCUCUGAACACAACAUGUGAGAGACUGAGUGAAAGUGUGUGUUUGGUUGUGUAACUAUGGAUUUCUUGGUAAAUAUAACAACAACAUAACAAUUUGUAGCUCAGUGCCCUUGAUGGACACUUAACCUUCUCAGCAAAGAAUGUUUCACAUGAAGAAUUUCAGCUGAGGUACCAGAACUUAAUGAAAAUGUUUUUCAGCGGUGGCAAGAACAAAACUGUACAAAACGUUACAUGAUAUCACAAUAUCUUUAUCAACUGACUGCUGUUAAUGUUUAAUAAUUAUUAUAUAUAUUAUAUACUUUAUGGUAACAUGUAAAUAUUAGGUUAUUUAAGCUUACUGUGUAAACAAUGACUAAUGGUGUGAAAUGUUUGUGUCCCACAAUAAAAAAAAAAUUAAAAAAAUCAUAAUUUCACCAAUAUACAA